AACUCCAGAGCUUCAUGUCUGUGCUUUGCAGGCACAGCUGAUGUGCAGCACAAGGAGACCUUUUUACUUCUGUGAAGUCUCAGAGAGUGGCCCUCAGCACUCAGAUGUGGACGCUUAUGCUCCUAAAUCAUCUAGACGGUUGAUUCACUUACAAUUCUGCAUGGAUAAUAAGGAUGGUAGUAUUCACCUGAAAAACACUGGAAUAUUGCUAAAGGAAUUUAUUUGCUCUUUCUGGAAAUCCCACAGGUUUCCGCAAGUUGUAAUCUAUUUAAAUGCAUUAGUCAGAGAUGCAGCUUAAACUCUAAGCCUGUCCUAAGCUCGAGGCUGUGCUGGUUACAAUACAUUAGAUCAGGUGCUGUAAAAUGGUGUGUAUAUUCAGAAUAAGCUAGCGAUGCUCCAGAGGGUGUUUGGGUGCUAUUGAGAAUGACUGGUAGUUCUUAGCCAUCUUGUGAUACGGAGAACAAGACUGGCAAGUAACUUCAGAAAUUAAUCUGCACGGCAUCAAAUCCAUCAGAAUUGCUUCUCAGAUGGUGCUUCUGCAUUAAAGAAAUGCUGCGGAUGUUAGAGCAAGUGGUAUCACAGGCAGAGCUGAACGUUGUCAUGUUAUAUGCUAAAACAGAAGUGGGCUUCUCUCGUGCCGUUAUGGCUUGCUAUCGCUUAGCAACUCCAGAAACUGAACUACUCCCAUGAAGAUACUAAAAUGCAGUUGAAGGAAGCUGGGCCCUGAACUUGGCAGCCUACGCCCCAGCAGAGCGGAAGCCUCUGCUGUGCAAACAGAAGGGUCUUCCUCUGGGGGAAGAAUGGAGGAGUUUGCAUACAGGCCAAUUGAUUUAGUGACUCUUAUGAAUACAUGAGAAGCAGCCAGCAGCAGGUCUUCUGAGCUUUGACUCUCAUAUUCAUAGUGAGCUUCUAACCCGAUGAAUCGAGUGCUCUGGGUAAAAAAGCAAUUUCAGGUGUUUCCCGCACGGGGCUGGCGAGCAAGCGAGAGGAGCCCUGGUGAAGCCUGGCACGGCGAAGUUGGAAGGCAGCUUUUAAUUUGAAGGAAGUUUGGCUCGCGAAGGAGACACCCGUGAGAUCCUCGGGUCCGGGAGUUGCUUUGCCGAAGUGUCGGAGGGAUCGUAAAACAUUUCAGCUCGCAGAGGCCUCGCUGCUGUCUCCCUCUCGUCUCACUGAAGAAGAAUGCCAACACGAAUAUGAAGUGAACCUUUUCCUAUGCUUGCCACAGCGCCUGGGUGCUCGUAUCGGGUGGUUAGAGCCGGGGACUUGCCUCUCGCCAAACUGCUUCCUUGGACAAGAUGAAGCCAAGGAGGAGCUUUCCGACGCGCUGGAGUCGCAGUGACUGCUGCCCGAUUUAAAGUCAAUGUCAGACUGUGCCCCGGCUGCCUGGCGAGAUGAAAGAAGUGGUGUUGUGGUCACCCGAGGAGGUGACGAAUUGGCUAACGGAAAAUGCCGUGCCGGAGUAUUGUGAGCCAUUGAAGAGCUUCACCGGGCAGGAUUUGAUCAACCUCACGGAGGAGGAUUUUAAGACUUCGCCUCUCUCCCGGGUGUCUUCCGACAGCGGACAGCGGCUAUUGCACAUGAUAGAAACUUUAAAAAUGGCUCACCACAUCGAGGCUCACAAAAACGGGCACGUCAACGGGCACAUCCGCGUCAGCGUGAGCAACACCGCGCGUGAGAAUGGCUUUAGCAGUAAAAUGAAGCUAAACGGGAUGCCAAAUGGGUAUAAGAAGGAGAUGAUAAAGAUCCCCAUGCCGGAGCCAGAGCGCUCACAGUAUCCUAUGGAAUGGGGCAAGACUUUCCUGGCGUUUAUUUAUGCACUUUUUUGUUUCGUCUUUACCACAGUGACUAUUUCAGUCGUUCACGAACGAGUGCCUCCCAAGGAGGUGCAGCCUCCCCUACCAGAUGCAUUUUUUGAUCGCUUUGAUCGGGUACAAUGGGCUUUUUCUAUUUGUGAAAUCAACGGCAUGAUCCUUGUAGGACUGUGGUUUGUUCAGUGGCUGCUCUUAAAAUACAAGUCUAUAAUUAGCAGAAGAUUUUUCUGUAUAGUUGGCACACUAUACCUGUAUCGGUGUAUUACAAUGUAUGUGACUACACUCCCAGUACCUGGCAUGCAUUUCAAGUGUUCUCCAAAGCUUUUUGGAGACUGGGAAUCUCAUCUGCGAAGGAUAAUGAAAUUGAUUGCUGGUGGAGGAUUGUCCAUCACAGGAUCCCACAACAUGUGCGGCGACUAUCUGUACAGCGGUCACACCGUCAUAUUAACUCUUACAUACUUAUUUAUCAAAGAGUAUUCCCCACGGCGGCUCUGGUGGUAUCACUGGCUUUGCUGGGCACUCAGCAUGGUUGGGAUGUUCUGCAUCCUCCUUGCUCAUGACCACUACACUGUGGACGUGGUGGUGGCUUACUACAUCACUACAAGACUUUUCUGGUGGUAUCACACAAUGGCCAACCAGCAAGUGAGUUUCUCCCAGUCUUUGGAUCUGCGUGGCUCCGCUUGUAGCGUGGUGGCGGGCAAAUAUCCACACUUUGCCUUGAGCCUUUCUGCAGGAGUAGGAGUGGACUCACCCAUGUCUUGUGGAGCAUCCAUCUCUUCCCCCUCACGUUGGGUUUGCAGGAAAGAAAGAGGCGUCGUCAGUUGGGUUCAUCUUGCGUCUUGACCGCGAAAAUAUAUGAAGGUCUACCCGCAGGCAGGCAGGCCUCUCCCUGCUUCUGCUGUGUAACCUCGUGUGGAAGUCCUUCUGAAUAUGGGCCGGUUGGCCAGUUUUGUGAUAGCAGAGCAAACCAUUUAGAUGUGGUGGGUUUUUUUGGUCUUGGGGCUUGUUUUUUUUGUUGAAGCCGACUGGGUUUUCCUUGUAUUCUGCGGCUCAUGCCUUUAGUUAGAUGACAGGUCUCUUGAAGAAUAGUAUGAGGCCUCACUAAAAAUGAACGAGUUUCUCAAAGUGUUUCCAAGUGGCGGUAAGUUCCCCUGACCAAGGGAGACGUGUUCCUUUUGGAGGAUGGUGCAGCAGAGAACAGGCUGCUCACGUCCCAAGGCCCGUGUCUGGGAAGGCGUGAAAAACAGGGUGAUGAGGGAAAUGCUGAGAGCGAGGAGCUGCUUAGGAGGAGACGCAGCACUUGAUGGGAGAGAGCAAAUCAUGGCUUGUAAUACUCAGAGAGCAGCGGUAAAUGAUUCAAAGGUCGAAUGAAGUCUAAAUGAGCUCUCAUGUCGUUCUCAUUCUUACUUCCCUGCCAGUGAGCUAGAUCAAUGAGAGAUGAGCUUACGGUGCUGAGGAACGUGAGAGAAAAUGCACAAGUCUGUUACCUGUGGGAAAGAACUAGUGAGUUGAGAGACUUACCGUUAGGUCUGUAACAGCACAUUGGUGUCCAAAUAUUUUCUGUGCAAUGUGGAGAAAGAUAUUUUGCUUCUCUGUUGCAUAUGUCUCCGGUUAAUUAGGUUUAAGAAAGACCUGGUGUGAUGAUAGGAAAUGAGUUGAUAUCGUGCUGGUAUAGAUUUUUAGAUCAUAUCAAGGCUUUCUGGCUACCAUGUCAUCUUAUCCCAGUGGUUUUGAUGCUCCUUGAAGCAAUACACCACAGUUAAGCCCCGUGGUACAUUUUUACCACCAAAUACCUAAUUGCAAAGAACGCGCUUUGAUGUUCAGUCAGUUUGGGAACCGCUGUGUUCGACGGCAGUCUGUGCCCAGACUUUGUAACUCUUGUCGUACGGCACCAGACUUGACUUCCACGCUUUGCGUUUGCUCCUGGGCUCUGUCAGAGCGAUGGUGCUGAGUGGCCGUGCUGCCAGGCUGGAAGUCGGGAUUGCCUGGAGUGCUGAUGAGGACUUGCUUCGGAAAAGCCCUUUGCCUUACCGUGUGGAAACGUACCCGUUCUGCUGCAUGAAGUGACUCAGAAGGUGGCUCAACAUUGCUCCCCUAAGCUGCCGAGAUGUUGGGAAAUGCCGAUGCCCGGAUCCUUACCUGAGCGCACGUUCGUGUGCCAGUCUCUCCUUCCUGGUGCUGCUCCAUGUGCAGAGGGCUGUGGCUUGUGUCUGACCUUAAAAUUAAAAGCAAAAGCCUGCUAGGGCUAAAGCGGA